UUUCGAAUGUUUUUGGCGCAUUUGCUAAACGUCAGAUUUAAGAUAAUUUUGAAAUUUUAUAUUAACACUAAAUUAAUAUAAUACUAUUAUGUCUGUUGAUAAUUAUAUUGGUUUAUUCUUUUCAUUACUGGAUGGGGAAGAAGUUCAAUAUUUUUUAAAAAACGAUGGAUGCAAUGUUUUAGCUGAUAAGUAUAUCCUGGCAAGUGUUUUCGUUUAUUUUCUUAGAGCAAAAUUGACAGAAGAUGAAUAUAAUUUAAGAAAUUUCUUUUUAGCACUAUAUUUGUGCCAUGAAAUUUGCGAAGAAAUAGACGAAUACAAAGAUGAAAUUGUGGAUUAUUAUUUAAAUAUCCGUAGAUUGUUCCCACCAAGCACUAAUCAACAUUUUCAAAAAUUUAUGGAGGAUCGUUUUCUUUUUCUAAAAAGAAUGUGCUAUAAGGGUCAUAUUCAUAGAAAAUUGUGCGAAAAAUUGUUUAUUCUUUUUCCACAUGUGGUGUGGAAUAGGACGAGGCCUUUGCAACAUGGUGGUGCCCAUCGUUGUUUGCCAUCAUGCAAACAAUGUUUGUAAAUAAGUUCUAUUAAUUCUGUCUAAAUUAAUUUGUCGAAAAAGCGACAUAAUUUCAUUUAAGUUUUGCUAUAUCAGUAAAAAA